GAAAAACAAGAUGGAAAGUCUUCUGUGCAAUGAGGUGUGGUUUAUGAGUCCUGUACCCACUGUUCGUGACAGGGUACGUGCCAAUGAUCAGUACUAUAAUGUAAGAAAGAGCGAUUAUAGCACCAGGGAAGAUUGUGAGAAAGCUAUAGGGAUUUUUCUGGAGAAGGAACCCAGUUACAUGCCGAAAAUGGGAUAUGUGAAGCAGAUUAAGUCUGAUCAUUUGAUUGAUCAUGCUAGGUUUAAGGCUAUUUGCUGGCUUAUUAAGGCUCAAAAGCGGAUGGAUCUCUCUUUUGGAACUGUUUUUGGUGCUGUGAGUUACCUGGAUCGAUUUAUUUCGAUAUCUCAGUGCCAAGGAUGGAAAUAUCGGAUGUUUGAACUGCUUUCUAUCGCAUGUUUAUCAGUUGCCUCUAAAUUCAAUGAAUCAAUCACCGCGUCAUUGCAUGAAUUUCAGGAAAGUUCUCUAUUGUAAUCCCCAUAACUUAUAAAACCUUCUAAUUUCAGACUAAAUCUUUGAUAGGCGGGCGCACCAUCUGAAAGUUCUUUAUUGUAAUCCCAUAACUUAUAAAAUCCUUCUAAUUUCAGACUAUAUCUUUGGUGUGGAUGGUGCGCCCGCCCGACGCCAUCUCGGCGGGUGGCCCACACACCUUGGGAGUGUGUGGUGAGCCACCAGCCAAGGUGGCACACUAGUGCAACCGUUCCACCGAAGUUUCUCUCCUAAUUUCAUGACAUCCAAGUUUUAUUUCCACAGUUAAAAUGCAUGUGAAUUUCUUUUACAAAAGUUCAUUUGACAUAACUUUUGAAAAGUCAAAAAAUAUUUUUGAAACAACAAAGAUGUUUUUGAACUUCGGCAAUUUUUUUGAAGUGUUUUGUCUGAUUGCAAGAGAUUUUAAAGUAAUUUCCUCAAAAAACUCAUCUACAAGAAGCAAAAGCAUAAACCAUAUCAAAUGAAUCCUAAUACUUUUCACUUCAUUUUUGUUCUUAGAAAAGUAUAACAAGUAACCAAUGAUUUUGAAUUCAAAUUCUUUUUUCACAUCAACGGUGCCCUUGUUAACAACAUGUUAUAUGAUAAGUACUUUAAAACUCAACGGAUGAACUAGAUCGAUAAUCCUAGAGAGCAAGCAUACGUUAAAACUAUUAACUAAUAUGAUAGCAUGUACUAAGCAGAUCUGUCGCAUUAUUUCUACAGGUAGAGGGUUUAGAUCAUUACUUCUCAUCAAGGCAGAUUCAACGGAUGGAAUUGACUCUCUUGAAGGCUUUAGGAUGGAAAAUGGACUCUCCAACUCCAUAUUCUUACAUUGAAUUGCUAUUCCGCACCAUCGAUACCUUAAACCAAACCCUUGUUGAUAAUCUAACCGUACGCGUCACUCAACUGCUUCUUAAUACCCUUUUAGAUUCUAAAUUCCUGGAGUUCGGGCCUUUUGUUAUUGCCAUUUCUGCAGUAAGAUGCAUACUUGAAGAUGAUAUAUCCCUUGAUCAUUUCUACACAUUUAUUUCCCAAGAUCAAAGGGAAGAAGUGAACAAAUGCCAAAGCUGGAUGGAAAAAGAAUUAUUGAUAGAUUACAGCAAUAUAUUAGAGUUCCAGAAUGCUAAUUACAGUAGCCCUGAAAGUCCAGUAACAGUAUUGGAGGUGGAGUGGGACAAAAUCUAUGACUGUCAGCUUGAUCUCUUUCUCUUUAAGAAGCCAUGGAUGAACUUCAGUUUCAGAUCAAGUAACAAGAGGAAGAGAGAAGAACAAGAAUCUGCACUCUGGAGUGAAUGUUAAUUGUGUUGUUGUAAUAAGGUUAUGUUCAUUUUAAUGUAGAAUUUGCUAUGACGACUACAAUUGUCGAUAUAAUGACAUACCAAUAUAACAUAAGACUCUCCUCUCCAAUAACUGAAGUUUUAAAUGA